UUUAUAUGCAAGUGCCACGAUGCGCUGCCAACGCUGCCAACGUGUUUAUCCCUUGCUUCAUCUUUAUUUAUGGUGUAAGCAAGGCUAGUGUAUCUGCCCUUGUCCAAACUUCCAAUGCAAUGGAUUUCUUUACUUAUCCCGGCUAGCCUACUACAUGGGCUGAUGGGCAGCUCCAGCAUCUCCCUACUUCGAAGACAGCAAGGGCCCAGGGGAGAGAAUGUGACCUAACAACUCUCCAAGAGCAGGCUUUCAGAGUUCUAUCGAUUCCUAUUUGUUGUCUUCUUCAAGUGUUGGAAUUCAUUUCUGAGCAAUCAAUAAUCAUAAAUACUCAUAUUGCGCUGCGGAUGCCAUGUUGGUAUCCGAAUAAGUCCAAGCUUUUUGGUCAUAGACUAAUAACUGCAAUGGAGGUAGACACAUAAGAUCUUCAACAUUAUCGUGUUUUUAGAGUAGCGGAUAAGCACCGUGUCCGUCUCUACCACACCCAUCACAGGAUCCCGUUCCUUUGCCGGGUUCUAUCCGCAGUUGAUCCUCUACGGUGAGUGGAUGAAAAGCGAAAGAAAACGGGGCUUUAAUCAUUUUGCUGUUGCUGUGGUUAUUCAGCACUGUGCGGCUUUGUGCUGAAAUGUUUGCUAUCGACUUUUCCAUAUCAUUGAGUUGACCGGUUCCGUUCAAGGUUGCUCACCUUAACAGUAAUUAACAGUAAAAGAGCAACUUCAGCUAUGAUACCUAAAUGCAGAUCACCGGCCAUGGAGAAGAGUGCACAGGAACCGGAUGCCCACUUGGCUGAUGAGGUGCCCAUUUUUCUACCAUCGACAUUCUCGCCUUGGCGUAAUCAGAAGGAAUUUAUUACUGGCAGUGAGCCUACAUUUGCUCAUUCGGCCGCUCAGCCACCAGUACUGCCUCCCCAGACGUCCAGAGAAACAACACCAACAACAAUAACGACAAGAUCACAAGAUAUCUCUGAAGAAGAUAUAUCGAAUUCUCUGUUGCAGCAAUCAACUUCCCCUUUCGACCCCCUGGCAACAGCGAGAACUGACACGGCCGACGACAAACGCACAUCUCGGCCAUUCAAACACGGCAUGCAGCCCAGAACGGAAGUUGGUAUCGCAGCUGGUAAUUCUGCUGCAGCUAAUCUUGAGAAACCUGGACCCCUGCGUCGCACGAGAUUCAAAGAAAUGUUGGAUCGAUCUCUUCCGACAACGCUUUUCAAAAGCAAUUCUUUCUCUCGUAUUAGUAGUGGCAAUUACGACGAGAUUACAGAAGAUCACCAAGCCGCACCGCCACAUCGCGAGAUGGAGAACCGCGAUACGGAGAAUUAUCCAAUGGGCUCGGUCAACAAUGUACGCGAACUCCCAGAGGGGAACUGUGACAGCUCGGACGAUAGCAGCGAUAUCGAAAUUGACGAUCUCGCUGCGCGAUACGAGCGGCCACCCCUGGACUGUUACUCAAGGCGGGAUGUGUACAUCAAGCAUUGGAGCUGGGCAUACAUUGUUUUAGCUUUAUUGUCCUCGUACUCUACACUGCUUAGCGGAUUGUGGUUUGUAACCUCUAUCUACCAACCGCGAUAUGGAAGAGGGAUAUCAUCUAGUGAGGGGUGGAAGAUGGCACCCUCGACAGCCACCCUCGUCUGCACCUUGGUCGCUAAGACCAUUGAAAUAUCCUUUGUCACGGUCUACGUCGCUCUUCUCGGCCAAGUCCUAACUCGAAGAGCUUUUAUUAAAAAGGCGAAGGGCGUUACUCUUGCCGAGAUGACGAUGCGGAAUUGGGUCAUCCAACCGGGAUCUUUACUUACUUAUUGGGAAGGAGUUCCUUACGCGGCUAUGACCCUCUUAGGUAGUGUGAGUCUUAUUGCGACUCUCUGCUCCCUCUUUUAUACUACGGCGUCGGACGCCCUGGUAAGUCCUAAGCUCAUGUUUGGUCGGUGGGAGAAUCGCGAGCUGGAAGGGCUGGUGAAGGCUUCCUAUGCGAACCCUUACUACGUACAGAAAGCUUGUUCGACCCCCAUCGACCCGAGCAUGGACCCGAACAAUUCGGCGCCCUCUUGCCUCGAUGUCCAAUACUCGGGCCAGUCCUAUCAUAAUCUACUUACCUUCAUGACGGAAUGGCAAUCUAUCCACAAUAAUAAGACUUCGGCGAUGGACAGCCUCGCCUCGAGGCCUGUGGGAAGGCAUAGUCUAUUCGACAAUACAACAAUGGUAUCAUCUUGGAUCGAGACCGAUUUCGGAAACCCCGAGCUUGAUUUCAAAUCCCACAACAGGAUCAUCAACAAUGUCACGCUCGCGAUGCCACACGCGGGCGUCUACUUGGCCGCGACAGACCCACGCAAUGACAUAUUGCAACCCGACGAUCUAGCUGGCGUCGGCGAAUACUCAAUCCGUGCCAGCGUUGUUUCACCUGCGGUCAAUGUCAUGUGUGUCAAUGUGGCCGACGACGAGUUAGCACCUCUCGUAUACACUACUUGGCCUGAUGCCCGAACGGAGGGCACCGAGAUACCCGGACAGAAAACCGGUGUGGAAGAUUGGUUCAAUGAUGUCCCGCCCCCGGUUGACAACGAAUGGCUCAACAGGACUGCAGUUGAUGAUAUUUUCCGAUGGGGCCCUAAGUAUCACCGUCGACCCCCUGUCUUUCAACUGUUCCCGAUCGACUAUAACAUGAUCACCAAUACUUCAGUUGCCAACUCGGAGUCUUUGUACGUACUGGCUAAGUCGAGCGCUAUUGCUAAUUACACGCUUUGCGAGAUGCGGUCGUGGGUAACACCGAAGUGCUCGACCCAAUUCGACGUCUCAGGCAUAUCCGGCGGCUUCAUGCGAGCACAUUGCGAGGAUCCUGAGGACGCCGACUCGUACUCCGCCGCAUCGGGCAACGACGACUUUGCAAAUCCUCCUGAACCCUCUAUCGACUGGAGGAACCUAGCUGAGCAAUGGCGCCUUUCCAUGGAUCUUAACGGUGGCGUGCAGAACAACAAUGCGAGCAACGCGCGCAUCAUGACGAACUUCAUAUUACGCGAACCGGCGCUUAACCCAUUCCUACCCUCCAUGGCUGAAGCUCUAGCAGUGCUGUCCUCAUCGACUCUCGUAGCCGCGACUCUCGGGUCGACUUACCGUAUGAGCUGGGAUUAUCCAAAGGUCGAGUUGGACCCGGGCGUCUACGAGACAUUUAAGGCGUCUAUGCGCACCCAACAGUAUACAUCCUCACACGUCCAAAAAUGGCAAGGCAUAUUCUACGCCGUGCUAGGAACAGUUUUCGCAAUUAACGUAGCAUGUCUGCUUUAUCUCGCCUUCUUCCGACAAGGGCUCGUGAGCGACUAUACCGAGCCCCAGAACCUAUUCGCCGUUGCCGUCAACUCGCCUCCCAGCGCCGCGCUAUCAGGGAGCUGCGGCCACGGCCCGGACACGGCGGGACUGGUGGUCCCCUGGCGCGUGAACUACUCGGCUGCCGCCAACCACUAUUUCUUCGAGGAGGCGGACGGCAAUACUAAGGGUCGCGCUGGCACCCGCAUGAGCAUGGCGAGCGGUUCCGAUCUGUUACCGGCGCAUGAUAGCCGGCUCAGGGGCAAUAAUUACAAUAAUUACAAACGGCUGAGGGAAAGCAAGUCGUGGUUUUAGAAACGGGCGUCCUGCUACGAGGGAUAAGGCAAUUGGGCCAAACCAAUCAUCUGCAUAGCGCUGCAUUUUGCACCUUUUAUAUUUCUACAUUGGCAUAGCGGUGGCGUUAAAGGAACUAGGGGUUGAGAUACCAUUCGGGAAGAGGGAAACUUCCCGAUCUGUUACAUUUACAAUACUCUUGCUGCAUAUGGCCUCGCACAACAUCACAUUCAGAUGACCCACGAGUCCCAGGACGGCACACAAUUCAGUGAAUAGAUAAACCCGUAGUUUAUUUAUAG